AAAAUGUCCAAAGGAGCUGUCAAAUUUACAAAGGAAGAUGAGCUUUUGCUGAAGGAUUUUUCUUCCGCUGUUUCCAAAAAGAAUCAAGUCGUUUUCUACGGAAUUUCGUCUUUUGUUGGAAUUACACCAAUUUAUUUGUUUUAUGGGGCCCAUCAAAUGGAAAUUUCUGAUUCAUGGUUUAUUUGGAUUGCGGCUGCUGUUGGCGUUGCUUAUUUGUUGGCGCUUUCUUAUAAAAAUAUGAAACACGUGCUUAAACAUCAGAUUGUUAUUAAACGAGGAGAUGCUAUUGCUCGUGAAAUGAAUCGGUUACUUGCAGAUGACAAGAAGAUGUCGAAGAAAGAAAGAGAUGAACGAAUAUUAUGGAAGAAAAAUGAAGUUGGCGAUUACGAAGCAACGCUUUUUACUAUUUUUUACAACAAUGUGCUUUUCUUUGCGCUUCUCAUCUUUCUUUCCUUUUUUGUUCUCGCCAGUAUCACGCCUCCAUUUAAUUGUCUUGUUUCAAUGCUUGGUUCAGCUGGUAUUGUUCUUUUAUUGUCUACAUCAAAAUGAUUGGAAAUUAAUUUAAAAAGACAAUUGUUUUGUUGUGUACA